AGAGGAGGGAGAGGGAGUCGUAGUAGAAAAAGGGGGGUUGUUGUGUGCACUUUCUCUUCUCUGUCUUGGAGAGGUGUGUGUGGGCUGCUUUUCCUGAAAGAAAGGAGGGGAGUGCACGCCUUUCAAGGACUUUUUUUUGUGUGGAAUUUUCUGAAGACGUCCAGGCAGUUUUGAGGAAGAAUGAUCAUUGGUUCACUGGACGUAUUGGACUCAAAUGGCACACGUCACUGACCUCUGACGGGGAGACGGCGUGGUUAUUUUUAAGGACACAAAGGGACGUAAAAAAAGAAGAAGAACAGCUUUGGAACCUCGAGGAGCGGUUCUUGCCGUCUUUGAGACUUUUUUGUUAACUGAACUUAAACCAGAGUGAGGUGAAAUAAAUGCUGGGACAACUGGGGCAGCAGAAUAUUCCCUGGAGAAGCCUGAGCGGGUUAAAUACUAAAUCUAGCUACUUCUCAAAACUCAUUGAUGCCACUAUUUAUUUUGCCAAUGAAUGUGACACACACUGUGAACCAACUGUUGACGUGAACUACUGAAUAUUCAACUACUUGACCACUCAUCAUUUUUUUUUGCUCUCCAUUGAAUCUUCCAUAAUCUCCAAAGCACCUGCCUUUAGUUUUAAGACGAGAGAGUUUGAGUAAAAAGAGAGAUGGCACAGAAAGAAGGCGGGACGGAGCGCGUCAAGGCAGAGGACAAUGCAGGCACCAAAGCCGUGGUCGGGAGCCAGGCGGCAGGUGGAGGAGUGGUGGUGGAGGUCAGGGAGAAGAAGGGACCUCUGCGGGCUGCGAUACCCACAAUGCCUUUCCCUCUGGCUGUCAUAUGUCUUUUUCUGAACACCUUCAUACCGGGACUCGGCACCUUCAUCUCAGCCUUCACGGUGCUGUGCGGCGCUCGCAGCGAGCUGAUCUCAGAGCGAGGUGUUUGCUGCGUGUUCUGGCUCAACGUGGCAGCAGCGCUCCUCCAGAUACUGACAGCUGUUAUCAUGGUCGGAUGGAUCAUGAGCAUCUUCUGGGGAAUGGACAUGGUCAUCCUGGCAAUGUCAUGGAGGAACUUGAAAAGCGUAAAACAAAUUGUCACUAACUGCUUCUUGUGUCUUCUCUCCCUCGCUGCUCUCCCUCCCUCCAGUUUCGGAUGGCUGCAGAGACCAGGGCGUCCCUCAGGAUGUCUGAGAGAAGCGUCUCUCACGUUAGCAGAUGGAUCACGCGGACAGUUUUUACCCCUUCGACCUCCCUGAAGCCUUUACCUUUGUAACGACCCGUAGCUGACAACGGAGAGAGGCAACGAUAAUGAACAAAUCAAAGCAAAUCAAAGGGGACUGCCCUUCACGCCGAUCAGCCAGCACCAGGCCACACUUACAUUUGGAGGAAGGGGACGAGGAAAAAGAGACUUAAACUGUACACAACAUAACAAACGAUGUGCUUUUAUUUUGUUGAGUAAUGAGUAAUAAACAGUGAUUUUUGAAUUCUGUCUGUAUAAAGGUGUCUCCAUAAAUGAAGAAGGACGGACGCUUUGUUUGCAUGCGUUCUUUGAUUUCUGUGUAAUUAGCUUGUGAUGUUUGUCAUAAUCCAGUUGAAAUACUUUUAGCGUAUGCUGACUGUAGAACAGGGUUCAAAUUAAUUUGGACAUCAACUGCCUGGUGCAGCUGCUACUUCGCUAGUUUCAGAGUUAGAGGUCUUUGGUUUCACUGGACAUGUUUACCAUCACAUAGUGUCAAUGUCAGGGCUAACCAGCCUCCAGUGUGUUGCAGUGGCCUUUGCUUUCAGUUUGUAUCUCUGCCAUCGGCUUGCGUUGCUGCUAUGAAAAGCUACGUUAUGUCUCUUAUUUCAGUGUCUCACCUUCUCAAUGAUGUCAGGAAAAAUACUAUCACAACAGAAUCAUGCUGAUAAUCCGGUGAAAUCAAUGAAAACUUGAUGAUAAUAAUUUACCAAAUUGGAACCAGCUGAUCAGCCCGUUGUCACUAUGGCUACCAUGUUUUCGAUAUGUUUUAUAGCAAACCCAUCUUCAGUGUGCACACACUGCUGGUCACAAGACGUGUGUUCUCCCAACCUUAUGAAGUGGAAAAUCACCCACCCUUCCUAAUAAUUAUUGGUUUUGAAUAUUCAUACCUCUCAAAUGUGAAAAUUAGUGGGAAAGGGAAAUUACACCUUAAUGAAGUGUUGCAUUGCAUACUACUUAGAUCUCGUCUGACACUUCAUGGUAAAGAUGCAGUUACAGUGAUGCUGUUAGGGUUUGAACACUUUCUUUUUAUGUUAGUCAGCAACUCCCAAACUCCACUUGAGAUAUCAAUGUUAAAUCGGACGAAUUUAAAGCUGAUUAAUUCACUGUUCUGUGUCACAUAAAUAGCCAAAUGUGCACAUUGUGUAUAUAUUCACAUGUAAUUGUGUGAUGGACAGGGUGCAGUGUUAGAGAUGGAGACUGGGGUUAAUUUGCUUAUAAAAGAGUCAAGUGUGUAAAAGGGUCUUGGGCUAAAAUGAGGAGAAAUGUAUAAACAUUCUUCUGUCGUGUGCAUGAGUCGGAAAGCUGCCCUGCACUCGUUAAUCUAAACACGGCCUUUCCCAUGAUACCCCACCAGCUUUCUCAUGCACUUAAUCACUGGCCUUUCUCCAUGAAAAAUAUCCAAGAGUAUCAGAAGUCAAACAAACGAAGCGAAAAAAAAAAGAAAGGAGAAAAAAAAAGUCAAACGUUCCAACUCUAGCAUGAAGCAGCGCCAAUCAACCAAGUGUGUGUGCAGGAAAUAAAUACUUAGCUACUGGGGAAAAAGAAAAACAACAGCUGCUCACACUAGCUUAAACACAGAAAUGAUACACGUGACAUGCAACAUGGGAAAGUUGAUGCGAUUGCCAGUGCCUCUACGGAAGAAUAGUUCAUAAUUUACUCUGUGAAUUCAGCCUCUGAUUUUUCUACUGACAAUGUAUCACUCCAACUUUUUUUUAAGGAUCUUUGUAGCUUUUGAUCAUUUUAGCCAGAUGCCUUUUCAAGAACCUGUAUUUGGAUGAAUAAUAAAUGUUCUUAUGUUUUCACUGUGUAUAUAUUGGACAGUGUGUGAGAGUGGAUUGUUGAUGAUGAUGAUGAUGAUGAUGAUGAUGAUGAUGAUGAUGAUGAUUAUAUCUGUGAUGGUGACCAUAUCUUAUGCCUUACAACUGACUGAUGUUUUCCUGUGUGUGUUUUUGUAAGAGUGGUGCUGGUUUAUACAUCUAGAGCUCAGCUAAUAUUUGGACUCUUUAUUAUUAUCAACUUUGUAUGUGUUUCCAGGGAUAAAAAUUGAAUAGCUGUAUUUUUUUUUUUUGUAAAUGAUGCCGUGCUGUUCUAGGUUUUCGACUAUAGAAUGAUCACUGUACAGUAUUUUUUUCUGCAUGCGUAUAUUUGAUGUCAAAUGACCGUAUAGAGUAACACGCACACAUGGACAGACAUACAAACACAGACUAACUUAACUGUUUUAAGACUGUAGCUUAACUUUGUGGCUUUGGAGCAUUUCUAUUAUUCUAAUUUAAGGCGUUUAAGGUAACUGACAAUCUUGCAAUUAAAAGUCCAUUUUGGUCCAAAUGUC